UUUGAAGUCAACUUUUUCAUACAACUCAUAUGUUCUUUGACAAUUCGAAAUUUGUACCUAUUUCUAAAAAAAUAAAACAAUAAUCGAAAAUGCGCUGCUAUUCAAUUUUGGCCUGUCAUUUGUCCGAUUUUGGGUCGGCCAAUUCUUCACACCGAUUCACGCCGCAGCGCUUACUUCUAAUAUUUUAUAUCUAAUAAUUUUUAGGAUAGUUGUAGACGUAUUUGCGAUGCUAAUUCGUAGUUUUCGUUCUCAAAACCCGACUGCUUACUGGCAUUCGAUGUUUGAUUGGGAAAAUUCCGAGAUUAUUUGGUCACAAAGUCAUCGCUGAAGACACUUGCGUUGGAGCGUUGAAGACGCUUGCAUGUUUGCAUGAUUGUAUUUUCAGAUAAGUUGAAAUACUAAGUUAUUGCGAUAAUCUAAGCUAUUACAAUAUCUGAAUGUCCCAAAGUGUGUUUUAGGCAAAAAUGGGCCUCCCAAAACAGCAUAUAAGCAUAAAAGCAUAUGGAGAAGCAUUAUACAUGAUUCAUCUUGUGGCUAAACUAAACUAAACGCAAGUUUCAUCUAAUCCGUUCUAUUAAAUAAAUAAACAAGUGUGCAAGCAUUCAAAUGAAACUUGUAUUAUGGGAAACUUGGGACCUACAUGUUCUUGGUUAACAUGCCCAAUACUGCGAUCAAGAAAACAUUAGAAUCAUGAUUUCAAACAGCAGGUUUCCGGGCGUCUUCUGAGCGAUUUGCACAAUUCUUCCACGGUUGUCUUAUCCUCGUCAUAUAGUUUGCUGAAGUUUUCUAGUUUGCUAUGUUUCAAGAGAUCCUAUUUUUUAUGCUAGAUCAGCUGGAGUACGGAUGCUGUCAAUAAAAAUGUAGGAAACUUCGAUUUACCAAAUUCAAUAUGAGUAAAAUUUACCGAUUUAUGACCUGCCCGAGAACCUGCUGUUUGAAAUCAUGAUAAUAAUGUUUUCUUGAUCGCUGUAUUCUCUAAUGACAUGUACUUCCCAACAUGCAAAUAGGUUCAGGUUUCCCAUAAUUGCACACUUGUUUAUUUAUUUAAUAAAAAGGAUGAGAUGAAAUUUGUCUAAAAAGUUUAGUCACAAGAUAAAUCAUCACAUAAAUGUACCAUGCCUCUCCAUAUGAUUUUAUGCUUAUAUGCUGCUGAACAGUUUCCAAAAUCCCUACCUAUCGUUUCCUCUAGGAGGCCCAUUUUUGCCUGAAAAACACUCUUGGGGACGUUCAGAUAACGUUAUAACUUAGAUUAUCGUAAUAACUGAGUAUUUUAACUUAUCUGAACGUGCAGUCACGCAAACAUGCAACUUCCUGUCGACCAGUGAUAAUUAAUUGAACACUUUACACAUGACUAACAUUCUUUGUUUUAUAGUUCCGAUUUUGAAUCAAAUCAUGUUGACACUAUAAUAGAAUUAUUCUAUGACGAUUCCGCCAUGCAAUGCAACUCUCUUAACUAUUGCUAUAAAUAUUCUGCCAACAUUUCCAAAACAUACGAUCUUCCCCGUUCCCCCAUAUGCACAACCCAAAUGCCCAACCCUUUCCAGAAUGCAAUCCGGACGAAUCUGUCGCUGCACAAAUGUUUCGUCCGGUACGAGGACGAUUUCGGCUCGUUCUGGAUGGUGGACGAUAACGAGUUUCUGAAGCGGCGCCACCUGUCCCGGGGGAGGCCUCGCAAGUACGACAUCACGAUGUCGUUGGAUACGGCCGCGGCCGGCACCGGCGCCGAUGGAAACCCGGACGGGCCAGCCAGUGGAAUGCCGUCAGGAUCGGGAGGCAGUCCGCCCCCACUGAUGCACCAUCAUACGGUGGGCGCGCUUUGCUAUGAAGACGGUGGGGCGAGCGGGACCGGUGUUGGCCUGCUUCGAUCGCCGAAGAAAGAGUUCGGCAGACGGUAAUUAAUUGUUUGACAGAUGAUUGUUAUUGAAACAUUUUAGGUUGAAAUCAUGUAGAAUAGGGUAAUGCGUCAUAAUUGAAUGGGGAUAAAAUGUUACAAUGGUUAUAUUUCGAAAUGAGCGUCAACGGUGCAAUUGUAUACCAAUCACAUCAUAUUUACCAUUUGUUGAAAUUUCUUUUACAUUUUCACAGUACAGCACAGUUUUCGUCGUAUUUCCCAGGAAUCAACAUUCGAGUUUAUGAAUUUCAAUUUCAGGUGAAAACAAUUGAGUUAAAUAAAUCAAC